AUGUGUUACAAGAUUGGGAUAGGAGACUUCUCUGGAACCUUCUUCGGCCCAGUGACAGCUGGCGUAGGCGGUCAGUCGGUGAUAAUGAAUGAAACGGGGUUUCGUCGGACCCUCCCUGAUCAGUUUUCAGGGAGCGGGCCCACCUUUGACACUCCACGCCACCCGAGCGUCAUCGACCCGAUCCUAUCGAAGCGGGUCUGCUUCUACAAAAGUGGAGAUCCUCAGUUCAGUGGGCUGCGCAUGGUCAUCAACAACCGGACGUUCAAAACCUUCGAUGCACUCCUGGACAGCCUCUCCAAAAAGGUUCCCCUGCCCUUUGGGGUGCGGAACAUCACGACUCCUCGUGGGAUCCACGGGAUCCGUACUCUAGAGGAGCUCGAGGAUGGGAAAUCUUACAUCUGCUCCGACAGCCGCAAAGUCAAACCCAUCAAUCUGGCCCUGGCUCGGAAGAAGCCGCCACCUUGGUACCACGCCAGGCCUCUUAGCCCCGGUCAGCGGGCCGUGCCGCUGGCCAGGUUUCUCCCCGGUCGGGGCGUCCGGAGGCAGGGGCCAACGGCCGUGCGCACACCGCGGAGACUUGUGGUCUAUCGUAACGGAGACCCAUCUGUAAAACACACCGUGGUGCUUCCUAAAAAGACUGUGGCAGGUUAUGAGUCCAUCCUGGACCACAUCUCAGAGCUGAUGCAGUUCCAUGUGAUUAAACUCCACACUCCUGACGGCAGACGGAUCGAUGGACUUCCAGGUUUGAUCUUGUGCUCUGGGAUCGUGGUGGCUGUAGGAAGGGAGCCUUUCAGGCCCGCAGUGUACAGUGAGGAGAAAUCCCCGGUGCCAGCCGGGCAGAAUACCAAAGCAGUGAGACUCAGAAAACAGAAGACGUUGAACCGUAAAAAGAAGUCCCCAUCACACUCGUCCAAGUCAAGAAAUUUCUCUGCGUCUUCCGAGAGGUUCAUCGUUCAUCAGAUUCACAACACCGUUGCGAGGAGUUCAAAUGAACUGCCCAGUCACGGGACUACCUCUGCUGAGCUGGAUUCAAACCUCAUACUGGAGUCUGUGGCAGAGACGGGGGAGGACGCCUGCCUUGGCGAUGGAGCCCAGGUGCAGGACGAGGACAACAUCGAGAAGUCCUUCCGGGUGAAUCAGGACGGCAGCAUGACGGUGGAGAUGAAGGUGCGGCUGACGAUUAAGGAAGAGGAAACGGUUCACUGGACGACCACCCUGACACGCUCAAGCAUAGCCGAGCAGCUUAAUGACGCCUGUCUCACGGAGCCUGAGGAGGAGCAGGAGAUCUGCUCAUCCAAAUCAAACUCGCUCCGGUCACAGAGUCCUUCUGCUUCCACCGACACCACCAACAACGGCAAAAAUAAGGACCACGAUGACGACAACCCACCAUCACUGGGCAAUGGAGCUAUGGGUGACAGCGGUCAGGGGGAGGAAGACACCAAAAACCACACAGACGCGCUUUCCCUAAAGAGAGCCCCUACGCCAGGAUACAAAAGAGUGAGCAAACAACAAGCUUCCGUGAGGAGUAUCAAAUCUGUGGCAGGAGAUGGCGUUCAAGAAGGAUUAGUGGGCUCUUACUCCUACAGUGAACAUACAGGAAAUGGAACAAUGACGGAGGAAUACUGCAUGGUGAAGCAGAGCACCACCCGACCGGUGCCCAAACCCAGGCGAUUUGCUUCUGCUGAUGCCAACAGUAGAAAUAUGUCUGCUUACCAGUUCGAAGAACAACCAGAGAGGCUGCGGGAAGAGUCUAGUGGGGAGGAGGUUACUGAAACAAUCUUACACAUUUACGAACAGCAGACUUGUCAGGAUAAUCUCCAAGCAAAUGUUAGUGCACACAGUAUGUCGGCAUCCAGGGUUGGUUUUGGUAGGCCACUUACCUCAGAAACCGGACAGCUCUCUUCAAAUAGCGAAUCAGAACUCCAACGCUUGAGGCCCUCAACUGCCUCUGAGUCAACUCGGAUCUGGAGAGCUGAGAGCAUGACAGUAACAUCAGAUUCACACUUGGAGUCGGUGAAGGCCAGCACAAGGCAACAACUCCAAAGGGUCACGAAAGGCCGCAUUAAGCCUCAGCUAAAAGCAAACACUAAGGACCAGUUGGUUUCCUUUCAACCCAACGUGACCAACAAGCACGCUCGCAAAGCUAGGAUCCCAAGAAAGCCACAAAAAGGACAUUCUGCAGAGGCAGCUGACACUCGUACGAAAGCAAAAACUUUCUCCAGCGCGGGGUUCAUUAAGAAGAUUUACGGACAGAAAUCUAAAUCUGCAAAAAGUAUGAAAAGAUUUAAAAAGAAACCGAUGCAAAACAGGGAGCGGCCAGCACUGGAUGCUACGUUAAAAACUGUUACAGACUCAGAUUCACCAUCAGGGUUAAAACAAAAGACAAGUAGCAGGGUUUCUUUUGAAACAAAUCAGAUGAGAGCUCCCUCUGCUUCCACUGAGGAGGUCGGCCCCUCAAGAGGCAUCCUGAAACAUCAGACAUCAUUGCGUCUGGAGAACAAAAGUGAAACUGAAUCACUUGACAUAAGUCAAAGCAUGCCAUUGCCUGCUUUUAACUCCUCCGGCUCUGUGACUAAAGAGUAUGUAAAAACUUGGCUGGAGAGAGCCAACCGUAGCCCCCCAUUUUAUGUAGAUGAGAAAAGUAAGAAACUGGAGGUGGUUACGCAUGCACACACUGAAAAUGUUAGACAUGACGAUUCUGAAAACAAACAAAGUCUUGUUACAGCAGCAAAUGGGGCAGGGGGGGCACCAGAAGCUUCUGAGAGUCUGGCAUCGGUCAAACUAAGAGUCCGGUCUUUUGAAAGCAAAUCCAGUCUUUCAGUGGAGAAAACUCCCGUCGGUCAGAAAAGUCAUGACACUGCACACACAGAGAAGAGCAACAGUGUGUCUCGUAAAAAUUCACAAGAAGCAAACCCCCGAGAAGUGGGAAAUCCAGUCAGGAUCCCGAGUGCAACGCUUACCGAUACACUUUCAAUGGAGCAGCAGCCACCCCCCCCUGAAAGACUGAACACUGGACACUGCACUAUGGACGCACCACCCGUGGGCAGCGAUGCGUCGUACAAGCUAUCACCCAUUGCCGGUAAAAGAUCUGAUAAGCAUCCACUGCCUGUGGGUCCUACCUCUGAAAAGGAGAAAUUACCAGCUGACAACACGCUGGAGAAAACCUCUGCUCAGACGGACACUCCUGCUACACCACAGUUAUCCAGAACUCCAUCCACGAAAAGAGCUCCUUUGGUCAGCAAUCACUCUCUUGAAAGGAAAAUGUCUUUGAGAAGGGCUUGCGUGGAUAAAUAUACGUUAGCCGAUGAUUCUGAUGAGGAAACGCCUACAUCACCCACUACAGAUAACAUCUGCCCAGGGGAGUCACACCAACCAACCAAAGUUCAACCGCGGGAGAGCCAGCCCUCAGAUUUAGAUCUGAUGUGCUCUACCUCUCUUUGUACGUCUGCGUCCCCAAGUAGUUUGACAUCGGAAGAAAGAAUGUCAUCUGACAGCGUAUCGUCAAGCGAGCUUUUAGCUAAAGACAGAAAAAUGACCAACAGAAAUCAAGAGGAGCCUCCAUCGCCUAAAACACCUGUGAAAAGAGCACAGCCAGGCAGCAGCCCCUCUCCAGAAAGGAAAUCUCCAAAGAAGUCCCCAACUAAGCUACAUAGUAACUCUCCAAAGUUGCCCGCAGUACAAAGUCAGCCUGUAGAUAAGACUCUCCCUCCAAAUAUCGGCUCCCAAAAACGUGCCACACCAAAUUCCAGCCCCGCAAUUGAUAGAAAGCAUCCCAAAGCAAAAGUGCAACAGGGAGCUUCACCUUAUUCUCAGUCUCUGGACAUAGCAUCACCACCUGUCAGGCACAAACCGAACAAGCUUCUGCCCAGGAACAUCUCCUUUGACAGCCCACUAGAGCCAACGAGUAACGAACGAAAGAAAACAUCCCCUCAAACUUGCAGCCAAGAAACACCGCGGUCGGGAAAAUCCACAGCUGAGCCGGACAAAGCUUUUACCUGUGACGUUCUCACGCCGCUGGGAGCAGACGAGAGCCAUGAGUGCAAGGAACAAGACGGAUUAGACGUGCAGGUAAUACCAUAUCAAUUAAACACGGCGGAGCAGCCCAACCUGAAACCAGUCCUCGAGAAGAUAUGUUACUCAAUUAAAUCAAUCAGACGAAUCACCCAGAGCAAACGCCCAUCGUGUCUGGAAAAGUCCAACAGCUUGCCUGACUUCUCCUCGCACGUGGCCUCCACGUUUGGCUCCUCAUCCAAGGCCCUUCUCGCCUUCUUGUCUGUCAUGACCCUGAAGGAGGGCUUAAAUAACCUGAAUGUGGACGAGCUGAAUGCGAGCCAUGUCAGCUGUGCAGAGGCUUUGAAAAUGAUUGAUUCUCUCAGGGAAAUCGCCAGCAUUGAGGAUUCCCACACGCUGAAAACCAGUCUGACUAAUUUGCAGCGGUCGGCCUCGAAGCACCUCCUGCAAAGCUGGAAGGGGUUUCAGGAGUUCAGUGAAAGAUGUAGAAGCCGCAGCUCAACGCCAAAUGCUUCGGAACCAGACCUUAGAAUCGAGACUGGUCCUGAACAGAACUAUGACAUUGAAGGAAACGUUAUCAAUGAGAUCAUGGAUAAUCUGGACAUUCCUGUAAAGCUAAAGGAGGAGCUGGCAUCUCUUUCAGAUGCUGAGAAUGAUGGAAACAUGUCUUACAUGAUUACUGAGACAUUGGAGCUGAAGAAAGAAAAAGAAGAAAGUCAUAAAAUCAUAAAAUAUAAUCACAGUGAAGACGCCGUUUCUCAGGACGAGAAGGCUAGCACUGAUCUGCAGAUCAACGUAAAAAAAAUCACAGACAUCAGCCAGCCUGACUCUGAAAUGGGAAGUCUUAACGUGCUCACGGACUCAGCAGACCUCAGACUAAGCGACCGUACGUCCAAAGAGCAGAAAGGUCCAGACCUGCUGGAUUCUGUGACUGAACGUCCGCCAGCUGAACCAAAACAGAUUUCUCGGGACAGCCAGCUCCACAAUACAAUAUCAUGUGAGGAUAUGGUGCACCAAGAAAACCAGGAUCAUUUAACACAACAGCAGGGUCACAAAGAUAAAAAAUCAACCCAAGAGAAGGGGACCAGAGACACAGAUGCAAGCAACUAUCAAAACCUUGAAAGAGACAGAUGUGGUGUCAGCACAGAGGAGCAAGAAAUGGAUCCUAGGCAGCUACAGGAAGAGCAUGAGCAAAACAAGCCUCAGAGCAAGUUCUACCAUGAGGAGGAAUCUGAUUCAGAUGAAGAAGAACAGGAGAUGUCGAAUGCAAAUAAAGAUUUGAACAGAAAAGAGAGCCUUGGUCCUGAUUCCGAUGAGGAAUACGCUGAGGUCGAACAGGAGGGAAUAAAACAAGAGAGUGAUGAAGGUGAGGACUUGUCCAGACCCGAGAGUGACCCUGAGCAGGACGAAAGCCAACCAGGCUCUGGAAACACUGCGGAGGUGAACGAUAUGGGGAGGAAAAGCAUUGGCCACCUGGUUAGUGAAAGCCAGCAUUUGUCUGAAUGUGAGACCCCCGAGGGGCAGACAGAGACGGGCAGUGUGGGACCCGAUACCAGCAGUGAUGUGAGCACCAGAGGCUCAGAUCCAGAGGAGCCGUCAUCCGAAGAAGAGCUGCCGGCGGUAGACUCCAAGAAACUGCAGGUCAUACCUGAGGAAAGUUUGUCUGGCACUGAGGAGGAGCAAGAGGAAGAGCACUGUCACAUUCUUCCCAAAUUUGGGGAGCAAACCAAAAAAGGCAGGAGCUUAGAGGCUUUGAUAGAGGAGACAGAGGUUAGCUCAGAAGAUGGGAGUCUUACUGAUGAGGCCCCAAAAAGCCAGAGCACUUUUACCAGUAACGUGACAGAAAAUCUGGUUAUUUUGUCAAAAAAUAGCCAAAACUAUCGCAGCAGUUUGAUUAUAUCAGACAGCUUAGAAAAAGACUGUAGAUUCAAGGCAGAUGAUGAUAGCGGGAAGGACCACAGCAGCUGCGAGGAAGACGAGGAGCAAUUGCAGGGUAAAGAUGACCGCAUCCGCGACUCCACUGAGGUGGAAUUAAGCUACUCUGAGAAGGAGUCCAGCUCAGACGAGGACCAAGGCACAUACCUGGAGGAAAGCUUUACACCUCAUCGGGAAGCUCCGGUGACCACGCAACCUAAAGCCACGUAUUUCGACAAGGUUAUGGCAAAGCUCAUGCAGUCACCCGUAGAAGUCCCGACCCACUCCGUCGCAGAGAGGGUGAUUCUCCUGGAAAAGCAGGUUGCCGACUCCCAGAAAGCAAAACCAACACCUCAAAGUUCAACCGUUGGACGUCCGUCGCAAAGAAAGGCCCAACCGGAGUCGGAUGAGGAUUCAGCCUCUGAGUCUCCGGCCCACGAGGCGGCUAUCUGCACCCGGUCAGCCCCUCCGUCGUCGCUGUCUUUCAGCUACGACUCCGGCGGAGCAGUGACCACAGAGCCUGAGGGCAGGGUCAGGUCCAUCAGGGAAAUGUUCUUGGCAAGGAGUGCCACGAACAUCCAGCAGAGGCACGUCCCAGGUGCGGAUGAGUGUCAGUUAAGGGCCGAGACCUCCGGCAGCGGUGGCUAUCAGUCUCAGACCUCAGGCGAACUGUCCAGUGGGGAAGACGACACCGUACGAAAAUCCAUCGCCAAAGGCUUUGUGAGGAGAACGAUAGAACUGCUUUACGGCAAGAAAGACGCCAAGCCGGAAGAAGCGAGCGAGAGACCUCCGUCUGCACCCAACAACACAAAAAAGGAGCAUUUGAGCAUCUUCUCUCCAUUUCACGCCGUUCGAUCCAAAGCGGGGUCUGAAAUGUCGUACUUCAGCUCCUCUGAUGCCCUGGACGCCUUCAGUGAAGCAACAAGGUGCAUCGCUUUCCAUGCCCAGGUGGGGCCUGUAGACACUGUUCCGAUCGAUAAAGCCCAAUGGCUCCUCCGAGAGAACAUCCUGAUGAGAAAAUCUGUCUCGGAUCCAGUCGGCAUCAAUAAAACCUUCUCGAACUCUCCACCUGAUGAAGGACUGUGUAAAGACACGGAAGAGAAGAGUCCAUACUCGCUCUUCAGCUCAAAGUCAGAACCGGACGACGUAGCCUCGCCCGGAAAGUGUACCUACUUCUCUCUGCCGCACGCCAACGACUCGGAGGUCGGUCUGGAUGAACAGAGCACGGUGAGCAGGGGCAGUGGGAACGGGGACAGCCUCGCGGAGGACAGGGAGCCACCGGGGGACACCAAAAUGUGGGCGGAGAGGAACGGCAUCCUGCCCGGCAUCCCGAUCACCGACUUCAAAGUCAAGGACAACAAAGUGCACCCACUGAUCGAGUUCCCACCCGAUGGGGAGGUCGUGCUGGUGCAGCCCGGGAAAGGCCACGGCGUUGUCCAGAGAAGGCUCCCAGAGCCCGAUUUGUUGGACUUAAUGUAUCAUUUUUGUGGCGAGCAUUGUCCCAUAUUGUAAAAACCAUCCUUGAUGUCUUUUUUUUUUUUAAGGUACCGAACGAUUUGUCAUUAGGUACACAUCACUGGGCUACAGUCGAACAUGUUGAAUUUUGUGCCUACAUUUUGAUGUUGCCAUGGCGUCGGCAUUAAACGCGAUCACAUGUCAGCUCUUCCAGAGCAUCAGCCCCGAAUUAAGCGCGUGUUCCAGUUUGUGCUCCGUGGAACCAUCUCCCCGGUCGUGAAUUUGCCAUGCAAACUCCAGAGCAGCUUUUGUUUUGUUUUUUUUCUCCAUUGCCUGUCACGAGAACAAGCAGCCAGAGUAUUACUGUAAUCUUAUUUUAAACUCUUUAAACAGAUCAAGGCCCUGCGGAUGUCAGGCAGAAGGCCAAUCCCAGCUUCUCUGAGCAAAGCGCUCAGCUUUGGGUUGCAGCUCGGGUUCGGCCCGGAGAUGAAAUUACAGUGAUGCUUUUCUCACGAUCAACCUUAGAAAAGAAAAUGUGGCUGUACACUGGCUCUGUAUGGUGCAAAUAAGACAUUUCUUUGUGUAGCUCAACCUGCCAUUUAUCAUCAUGUUGUUAUAUCAUUUAAGGCAGCUGUAACCUUUUGGUCUUUUUAAAACUUGUGUAUAAAUAAAAGUGA